CAACAACUGGCUGGCGUCAGCUACAGGCGUCAGCGUCUGUUCGACAUGCUCUGGACCAACCCCAAGAUUCUCGAGACAUCCAUCGUCGCAGGCGCUCCUUGGGGGGGCCCCCUAGCCGCCGUGCGAAGCGAGCGCGUCUUCCAGCCGGCAACUACACACAAGCUCGUGCCUGAGCUGCAGCUCUUCACAGCCAGAGGUCGUCUCAUAGCCUCGCUUCCUUGGACCUUUACGCGCUUGGUGGCUAUGCAGUGGAAUGAAGAAGAGGCGCUGGUGUGCGUUUUUGCCGACUCCGUUGUACGCACCUUCUCGCCAGCUGGAGAAAAACUGCAUUUCUUCUCGUUGGGAGAGGCCAUCAAGGCCGAAGGCGGCAUUAUUCAGGCAUGCAUUGGGAAGGCAGGCAUUGCCGUCUUGACAAGCACCAAUCAGGUUUAUAUCAACCAAGCUUUCGACAAAGCGCGUCUGCUGCAUCUACCCACUCCGCGUAUAAUCCCUGACGGCCCCUUUGUCGCACUCGCCGCUUCACGCAGCAAUCGCUUUGUUGCCGCUGUGUCCAACGCUGGAGCGCUGCAGGUGUUGCGCGUGGAUGCCUCAUCAGUGCAGCUAGCUGCUUCCGCCUCCUUCGACAGGAGCCGAAGAGUGCGCCAAAUCCAUCUCGUUUUACUAGGGGGUCCAAACAGCGAGUGGCUACCCCUAGACUUUGGAUCUGAACCUCGUGGCUCUGGAGGCGGCGUCGUGCUUGUGGAGGAAAUUGAUGGCUUGCGCGUGCUGACAUCCACAACAGCAGAACUUAUUCGGAGGGCAGCGGCAGCAACGGAGAGUGUUUUUGGGGUGGGGUCGAUCUGCACCUGUCUGCGAGAAGCUCCCCUUGAUAUUCGGCAUCAGCAUUUGCUGGCUGUGCGUAUCUGCGAGUAUAGCGGUCUGUGUCCACGGGGAGUGCUGGUAUCGUGGUCUCUUGCCAAGAUAUCUCGCUGCGCUUCUUUGACGGACGAAGAGCUGACGGAGGCUGUGUGCAGUAGGAUGCAUGCGGUGGCAAGGCUGCCUCCAGCUGCAGCAGCAGCAGCAGCUGCUGCUGCCGCCUCUGCCAAAGGCGGUGGAGGGGAUGCUACCGCUUCCCUCGCGCAGAGCUUCUUUGGCUAUGCCUUCUACAACAGACCAGCCCAGCAGCAGCAGCAGCUGCAGCUGCAGUCUCCGCUUCCUUUCGCGCGGCUUGCGCUGUGCGCGGCUCAGGCGGGGAGGCCUGUGCUCGCUACGCGGCUGGCAGCCUUUGAAGCUGAGCCGAAGGCGCAGGUGUCGCUGCUCCUGAAGCUCGCCAAAGUGUCGCUGGCUACGGAAAAAGCGGCAGAGGCUGCAGACGCAGAUCUGCUGCUGCAGUGCCUUGCGGCAGCCCUUGCAGCGGAUGCUGACAGCCCAGACGGACGGGUAGACAUGAGUCAGCUGGUGGAAGCCUUGCACGACCACCCAGCAGCUCAAAGCGUUUUUGCCAUCUACUGCAAGCAAACUGGCCAGCUUCAGCUUCUUGAGCAGUACUACGAGCGCGUUGCAGCCGCUCAAGAGGCAGGGCUCUGCUGUCUGUCCCUUGCGGAAGCAGCAGCUGCUGCGGGAGCGGAGUGGGAGCAGCGGCGUGGCUGGUUGGCAUAUGCGGGUGGCUUUUUCGCGUCUGUCAAGGAUUCGCAGCUGCCUGCUGCGGUUGCUCAUUCAGAGACCCUCACGAGUCUUGAGUUGCUCUCCAUUCAGCGUGACUUGGAGGUAAAGGCAAACACAUGCGGAUGGCUAGGACCUCCCCACAAGUUUGCUGGCCUCUCCCUCAUGCAGACUAUCCGGCAGCUCAUUUUAAAAAUGGAGUUUGCGGAGGCCGACAAUCUGAAGAAGGUGUUCAAUGUAGGAGAUGCUCGCUACUGGCGAUGCAAGAUUGAUGCCUUGGCGGAUGGCAUGCAUUUCGAUGAGCUGCAAGCGUUUGCCAAGUACCGAACUUCCCCCAUAGGCUACGAGCCCUUUGUUGAGGCUUGCUUGCGCAAGGGCAACAGAGAGCUUGCCCUUCAACUCACGUACAAGGUCCAGGGGGCUGAGGCUCGCGCGCGUUUCUUCUCGGCCUUGGGGAGGGAAGACGAGGCGGCUGCAGCUUUGCAGACCCCUCAACAGAGCGUUGGUGGUGGACUUCUGCAAGCUCUGUCAGGGGCUUUUUCGAGGCGUAGCGCUACACAUGACUGA